CUAUGCAUAUCAUAUCACCUUUCUUUAUCAAAGAUGCUUCUUUCUCCACAAAGUCCGAAGCUUUGAAUCAAAAUUUUCUCAGGAGGGUGAAGUGAUGGCAACUCUUACUCACCGCCUCAAUCUCAUCCCCAAAGCUCAAUCAAGAACCUUCACUUGUUCAUUCAUAACUGGUGAGCCAAUUACGAAUCUCAGAUUUGAUUGUGUCUCUAACUCAUCGAAGCUUUCUCUCAAGUCAUCAUGUGGAAGGUCAAGAACCAAUCACCGGAGGCAAAAUUUCGGCAUCCGAUCUGUUUUUACGGGAAUCGUGGAGGAAAUGGGAGAAGUUAAGAACUUGGGAAUGGCAGACCAUGGAGGAUUCGACCUCAAAAUCGGGGCGAGAGUGGUUCUGGAGGACGUGAAGCUCGGUGACAGCAUCGCGGUGAACGGGACGUGCUUAACGGUGACGGAGUUCAACGCAGAGGAGUUCACCGUCGGGUUAGCACCGGAGACGCUGCGAAAAACAUCGCUGGAGGAGCUAGAGAAAGGGUCUCCGGUGAAUCUGGAGCGUGCGUUGCAGCCAGUGAGCAGGAUGGGUGGUCACGUGGUGCAGGGACACGUGGAUGGGACGGGAGUGAUCCAAUCGAUGGAGGUAGAGGGUGAUUCCUUGUGGGUGAAGGUGAAAGCUGACAAGGGUUUGUUGAAAUACAUUGUGCCUAAGGGAUUUGUGGCUGUUGAUGGGACGAGCUUGACGGUGGUUGAUGUGUCUGAUGAAGAGAGCUGUUUCAAUUUCAUGUUGGUUGCUUAUACGCAGCAGAAUGUGGUGAUUCCGACUAAGAAGGUUGGGCAGAAAGUGAACCUUGAGGUUGACAUCAUGGGUAAAUAUGUUGAGAGGCUUCUCACCAGUGGUGGCUUCUCCUUGAACACGUCAGAGGAAAAGAAGGUAUGAUGAUUUGAUGUGGACUUGGGAGAAUUUGGUGGGCAAAGAUUUGACCAAUUGGCCUGGGGCUCUUUGUAAGAUAGAUCUUAAUCUCUGUUUCUUUGUAAUGAGGCUAGUGAACAAUCCACGUACUUAGGCGCGGUGAGAAUCAUCGAUGAACCUCAUCGAGUACAAUUCAUUUAUGUAAUAAACCCAAGAAUCAAAUUGUGUAAUAUGGCAUUUCCGGCUUUGAACUUAGAUUCUAUUUUGGUUCUUGCUAGGCCUUGAUA